UUUCGGUGUGCUUAUGGUAGAAGUGUGAGACAUGUUAAGCAUAGAAAAGUUAAAAUUAAAAUCUUCAGUAUUAUUAUUAUUAUAAAUUAAGAACAAUGGAUUUUAAUCAAGGUUCAAUUUUAUAUAUAUUUAUAGUACAUUGUUUCCUUUUAUCUACAGUAUUAGGUGAAAGUGAACCUAUAUACGAUGCUAGAUUUCAAAUGAUAAUGACAUCUUUGAAACCCGAGAAUGCAAUGCCACCACAAACCAAGGAUAACCUCGGCUUUUUACACGCAUUCGUAGCUUCUUUAUCUGUCAUUGUUGUUUCUGAGUUAGGUGAUAAAACUUUCUUUAUUGCUGCUAUUAUGGCAAUGAAACAUCCGAGGUUGACAGUUUUUAUAGGAGCAAUUAGUGCUCUAAUUUUGAUGACUCUUCUUUCAGUAAUUUUUGGAUAUGCUGCAACUAUGAUUCCUAGUUUUUAUACAUACUACAUUUCUACUGCACUUUUUGCAAUAUUUGGUUUGAAAAUGCUAAGAGAUGGUUAUAAAAUGACUACAACUGAGGCCCAAGAGGAAUUGGAGGAAGUUCAGUCUGAUUUAAGAAAACGUGAAGAUGAGUAUGAAAAAGAAACUGGAAACACUUUAAUACAAGAUCCAGAAACUGGUGUAAUAAGAAAAGCAACAAAAAUUAGUGCACUGAUGCUUCUUUCUAGGAUAUUUCUUCAAGCAUUUAUGUUAACAUUUCUUGCAGAAUGGGGUGACCGUUCACAGCUUACAACAAUUAUACUUGCAGCAAGAGAGGAUGUUUAUGGAACUGUAAUAGGUGGAAUAUUAGGACAUUUAUUCUGUACAGGAUUGGCAGUAUUAGGAGGAAGAAUGAUAGCUCAGAAAAUUUCAGUCCGAACAGUUAACGCAGCAUGCGCUUCAUCGUAAAAAGCAGACAGCCCAGCGCGUGUUCUGUUGUAAGAAUUGGGCGGUCUACCGCGCACGCUUAACGUCGCAUAACUCAGCGCUCAAAGGGUUAAUAAUACAGUAAUAAAACUCAAGGAAAAUAAUGAAUUG